AUGACGCAAAAUUAAUGCGACGAUUUUCGUUGUUAUUCUCAAACGACCAGAGUUUUUGGUAUUUUAGUUAAAAUUUGCAUCAGAAAUAGAAGCAGAUUAUUUUUUUCUUUUUUGUGGUGCAUCUAGCUAUGGAUGAAGAAUAUUACGGCACGGCGGGCGACUGGGAUGGCCCAGACGGCGGCAUGGAGGACGGCUAUGUUGAGGGCGAGUCAGAUGGAAAGGUACAAGAGGAAUGCCUGCAGAAGUUUUCGAGUAGAGAUUACAUCAUGGAGCCUGCUGUCUUUAACACACUCAAAACAUACUUCCAGGCGGGUGGAUCUCCCGAGCACGUCAUUCAACUCCUGUCCGAAAACUACUCUGCGGUGGCGCAGACUGUCAACCUGCUCGCAGAGUGGCUUAUUCAAAUGGGGAUGGAGCCGGCUCAGGUCCAGGAACGAGUGGAGAACCAUCUCAAGAGUCUCCUCAUCAAGCACUUUGACCCGCAGAAAGCUGACUCUAUUUUCACGGUGGAGGGAGAGACCCCAGCCUGGCUGGAACAGAUGAUCGCUCACACCACCUGGAGGGACCUGUUCUACAAGCUGGCAGAGGCCCACCCCGACUGCCUGAUGCUCAACUUCACUGUGAAGCUGAUCUCGGACGCAGGGUACCAGGGGGAGAUUACCAGCGUGUCGACAGCCUGUCAGCAGUUGGAGGUGUUCUCACGCGUGCUCAGGACCUCUCUGGCCACUCUGCUGGAUGGGGGAGAGGACAACCUGGAGAAGAACCUGCCUGAGUUUGCCAAGAUGGUGUGUCACGGCGAGCACACUUACCUGUUCGCCCAGGCCAUGAUGUCCAUCCUGUCUCAGGAGGAGCAGGGCGGCUCAGCCAUGCGCAGGAUUGGCCAGGAGGUACAGAAGUCCGCCCACCAGAGGGGCCAUGAUGCCAGCCAGAUCACGCUGGCUUUGGGCACGGCUGCCGCUUACCCGCGGGCCUGCCAGGCUCUGGGCGCCAUGCUGUCCAAGGGCGCACUGAACCCGGCUGACAUCACUGUCCUCUUCAAGAUGUUCAGCAGCAUGGACCCGCCCCCGGUGGAGUUGAUCCGAGUGCCCGCCUUCCUGGAUCUGUUCAUGCAGUCUCUGUUCAAGCCAGGGGCCAAAAUCAACCAGGACCACAAACACAAGUACAUCCACAUCCUGGCCUAUGCAGCCAGUGUGGUGGAGACCUGGAAGAAGAACAAGCGCAUGAACAUCAACAAGGACGAGCUCAAGUCCACGUCCAAGGCCACUGAGACCGUGCACAGCCUCUGCUGCAACGAGAACAAGGGAGCGACUGAGCUGGUGGCUGAGCUGGGCACGCUGUACCAGUGCAUCCGGUUCCCGGUGGUGGCCAUGGGGGUGCUGAAGUGGGUUGACUGGACGGUUUCAGAGCCCCGGUACUUCCAGCUGCAAACAGAUCACACCCCCGUUCACCUGGCCCUGUUAGAUGAGAUCAGCACGUGUCACCAGCUCCUCCACCCCCAGGUCCUGCAGCUGCUGGUCAAGCUGUUUGAGACUGAGCACUCUCAGCUCGACGUCAUGGAGCAGCUGGAGCUGAAGAAGACCCUGCUGGACCGCAUGGUCCACCUAUUGAGUCGUGGCUAUGUGCUGCCGGUGGUCAGCUACAUACGCAGGUGCCUGGAGAAGCUCAACACUGACAUCUCACUCAUACGAUACUUCGUCACUGAGGUGCUGGAUGUGAUCGCUCCUCCUUAUACCUCGGACUUUGUGCAGCUAUUCCUGCCCAUCCUGGAGAACGACAGCAUCGCAGGCACCAUCCGAGCCGAGGGAGAGCACGACCCCGUGGCAGAGUUCAUCGCUCACUGCAAAUCCAACUUCAUUAUGAUGAACUAAGACUGAAGACCACACUGGUGUUGGGGGCUGGAAGACCAGUAGUAAGAGGCAGACUAACUUUGUACAUAAGACUGUUAUGCCCAGCCUCAGACAGAGGUGGGUGUACAUUGUGGGUGACAAGAGGAACCCCUCCCUUAUGAACAUUCUAUAAGAGCAGAAACAUUCGGGGGUUGUUUUUUUUUUUUUUUUUUUUCCUUCUUCAGUUUGGUUCCCGUGGCACUGCUCGCUACAGAAAAUACAGGUGGAAGCCCAACAUCUGGUGAAGAAUAUCCAUCUUUUUUCACCUACCUUUUUUUUUUUUUUUAAAGUACAAAAUUUGUUGUAACAGGGUGUCCACCAAGGUGGUUUAGUACAUAAAAACAUACCUGUUCUACAA